UAAAUUUCUCUCCUUUCUUCCUUGUAAUAAUGAAUAAUUCAACAUUCUUUUAUGAUAAUAACUUUUAUCAACGUAGACCUUCUUUAACGACGAUAUGUCCACCACCAGACAAAAGGAAGCAACGACAUGGUAGAUUCUCAAAUAAAAAGACAACUACAACUCAUAGACUCAAAUAUAACGAUAAUACCAGGUUUUAUAAGCAUUUACUUGAUAUGUCAUUUAUUCAACUCAUAGGCUGGACCUAUCUUAUGAUCUGUCUUUGUCUCUCUACAUUGCAUCUAUUCAAAUCAUUCUAUCAUUCAGGUAGGUUUGAAAAUAUGAAAUAAACAUACUUUAUUAUCUUCUAUUCAUAUUUACAUAAAGAAGACUCUACCACGCAUUGGGAUCAUAGACUCAUGGAAAGACAACAACUGAAGGAGUCUUCCUUAAAUGAAUUAUUGCCUGAAUUUCUUUUAUCGAAAAUAUUUAGUAAAUCAUCUUCGAUUGUUAAUUAUCAUCACAAUAAUCUUAUCAUUCGUCCUUAUUGGUUUACAGCUUCUAUAAAACCUGUUCAAGAUGACACUUUAACAUUAGCUACUGUAGUAGAAUCAAAAGAUUUAAAUCAUUUAAUAAAACUAGCUGAACUUUAUCAAGGCUCUAUUUCAGCUACAUUACUAGUUCCUUCCACAACUGGGAUGAUGGAUAAUGAAUAUAUACGACAACAAUUAAGACAAAUACGUCACAUCUAUGAAACGACAUCUAUACUAAAACGUCAUGUAGAUCUUCAUCUUGUUCUUCAGCCUGAUAUGAAUCCAAGUAGUAAUAGAAUGAGUUAUCAACAAGCACGUAAUCUGGCUCGUUUAUUUGGUCGUACAGAUUAUAUUGCCUUUAUUCCUGUUUCAAUACUUUGGAUAACAACCCAUAUUAAAGAUUCAUUUAAAGACCAUCAAUCUAUAUUAAAAGAAGGAAAUGUACUCGUUAUUCCAACAUUUGGAUUUACAUUUGAUGAACAGCAGAAUCUUACUUUACCUAUAGAUAAGCAGUCUAUCACUGAAUGGGUAGAGGAAGGUAAAAUAGGAUUAUUAGAUGAACACUAUGAACUCAAUCAUGGUCCUACAUCUUAUUUACAUUGGAAAGAGGCAGUAGAACCUUAUCUUGUACCAACAUAUGAUACUCAGUAUGGUCCUAUUUAUAUCUUUUCAAGGUUAAAUCAUCCAUGGUGUGAAGAGAGAUUUGAAGACGAUCUAGCAUCGUGUCUUUAUACUACUUAUUUAGCAGGUGCUGAUUUAUGGGUUUUACCUAAUGAUUUUGUAAUUAGAACACAUUAUGAUGAGACUGUCUUGUCUACUCUGCAACAACGGAAAAUAUACAAUAGAUUGGUUAGAAGAUAUAGAAUUGAACAGUGUGUAUUCUAUGCAAGACAAUUUGAUCAAUAUCAGGCUACAUUCAAUAAAACACAGCAUAUUAAACAAGAAUGUUCAAAAAAUAUUUGAAACGAAGAAGAACUAUUCUUAUCCAAUCAAAUUUUUUCAUCUUUUAAUUCAACAUUACACAUUCUGACUUUCUUACGUAAAAUUUUAAUACCCC